AUGGAGAACGCAGUGGAAGUACAAACAAUGAACCUUACCGAGCACAUUCUGGAUGUUCUCCGUCAAGCUCAUUUUGUUAUUGGACAACGUCUCCAGUUAAUUAACCAAAAUCCAAACGGUGAGCAGUCGGAAUUGUAUCAGAAGCUUCGUAUCCAACUGGCGUUCAUCGACGAAAUGAUGAGAUUGGGAAGACGCCCACUGAGUGUAGAGGACCAAGUCUGGCUUAAGGAUGCAUUGAAGAAGGUUUCUUUUUUUGAGUGA